UUUUUUGGAUGCAACACACAACCAUGGUCUUGGGGUUUUUACAUUAACAAGACAGCUAAACAUUUGCAACACGCGUAGUUCUAGAUUUAGAAGAGAGAAGGAUUCUGCAACUAUCCUGCGCUAUGCUGCAGAAAACAGUGCGGCCAGGCUGGUGAUGACCAAAGCAAACAUGAAUCCAGAUUGUAGUACGUGGGUCUUCGAGUCGAUGUUACAGGAAAAUGAAGUUCAUUUGCAGCAGUUACAGGCUGAUGAAGUAGAGUUGUGCCAGAUCCUGAGACUGCAGGUAGAAGAGCUCCAGAAGAGGCUUGAUGAGAAAGACAACAAACUCACUCAGGCGAACAAGGUGAUCAGAGCACUGAGGGAUGAGGUGCAGACACUGCAGCAACAGCUGGAGCAGCACAGACGGAAGUACCGUGAUGAUGUAAUUGGACAGAGGGGCCAACCGUGUCAGUGUGGAAGAGGAAAUGACAUCACUGCAUUGACAGCAACUACCCUCCCAGACUGUCGGCCUUGUGAGCCAGAGACGGGUUCCUACGAAGCAGAAACAUCACAGGAGGACCAGGAUGUUACAUCACAGGAUGUUGCAUCACAGAACACUCUGUUCUGCCCUUCUCUGGAAACUAGCAUUGGUGCUGAGGUAUGUGAGAUCCCACCAAACAUCUUCCUGUCCUGUACCUCGGAGGACGACCCAGCAAAUGUUUCAAUCCCUCCUGAUGACGUCAUGCUGACAUCAGCACAGGAACUGGAGGAAGACCCGGCAGAUGAUCUUCCACUGUCUCCUGGUGAUGGUACACUGACAUCAUCAAAGGAACUGAAACUUGAGAAUGACCCGGCAGAUGUUCCACUGCCUACUGGUGAUGGUACACGGACAUCACCAUGGAAACUUGAGGAUGACCCAGUAGAUGUUCCACUGUCUCCAAGUGAUGGUAGACUGACAUCAUCAAAGGAACUGAAACUGUCUAUGCUGUCAGUGAAGCUGCAAGACUGCCGUGACAUGCUGGGGCCUGACGGAGUUUUUAAGAUGCCAACCUCAGAGGACCUCAGAGAUGACGAUUACCAAUGUUAUCAAGAUGAUGAUGGCGAUGACGUGGAUAACAGCCCAGAAAAUGAAGGAUUCAACAUCUGCUCAAAGGACGGAGAACUGUUGUCUGCAGCCGAGGAGAGCAUCGAGGAGCCCAAGGGGCAGCAGAAGAGGAAGAAGAGAGGAAGGAACAGGGUCAAGGCUAAAACUACUAACGCCAAACAUCACACGUGUGCAGAAUGUGGAGAGACAUUUUCAUAUCUUAGCUGGCUAGCUCAACACCUAAGAAGAAAGCACACCAGAAGAAAGCCCUCCACUGCCACUCCACUUGGAAACGUUUCCACUAACUCUCCACAUGAAAAUACACCCAAUGACUCUACACAUGAAAAUGCAUGCAGUGUCGUCCAGGAAGAUUACCAUCCGGAGACAAAUGGAACGACUAUAAAAGUAAAAAAGAUGCAAACCGAAGAGGACUUCAGCGAUGAGGGUGAUGAUGAUGAUGAUGACGACGACAGUGAUUACGACCCAGAAACCGAUGGAAUGCCUACGAAAGGAAAAAAGCUGCAAACCAAAGAGGACGACGACGACGAUGAUGAUGAUGAUGAAUAUGAUCAUAAUGAUGAUGAUGAUGAUGAUGAUGACAACGACCCAGAAACCGAUGAAAUGCCUACGAAAGGAAUUAAGUCCACUGAACGUGAUGUGUGUGGGAAAACUCUUCCAACUCCACAUACUCUUGUCAGUCAGAAAAGAGUCUACCCAGAUGGAUCUAAACAAGGAACUGAAAGAAAACAUCCUCCUCGGUAUUGGGAAUGUGAUGUGUGUGGGAAAAUACUUUGCAAUAAGCAGAGUCUUAAUACUCAUAAACGACGGCACACUGGCGAAAAGCCUUAUGCCUGCAAACACUGUGGGGAAACUUUCAGACAUAACAGUAAUUUUAUCAAGCACCAGAGAUCACAUUCAAAUGAGACACAUAGCCUGCCAAAAAUUGGGAAACCAGCUGAAAAGGUGACUGAAAGUAAAGGUCCUCCUUGGGAAUGUGAUGUAUGUGGGAAAAUACUUUGCAAUAAGCGGAGUCUUGAUUAUCAUAAACGACUGCACACUGGUGAAAAGCCUUAUGCCUGCAAACACUGUGGGGAAACUUUCAGACAUCACGGUAGUUUCAGAAAACACCAGAAAACGUAUGCAGACAAGCCACAUACUCUGUCCAAAACUUGGGAGUGUGAUGUAUGUGGGGAAAUACUUUCCCGUAAGCAAAGUCUUAUCUCUCACAAACGAAUUCACAUUGGUGAAAAGCCUUAUGCCUGCAAACACUGUGACAGAACUUUCUUAUUUUACAUUUACCUCAUCAGGCACCAGAGAACUCAUUCAAAUGAGACACAUGGUCUGCCCAAAACUGGAAACCCACCUGAACAUGGGAAUGACAGAAAACAUCCUACUUGGGAAUGCGAUGUAUGUGGUGACAUACUUUGCCGUAAGGAAACUCUUAUUGCUCACAAACGACGGCACACUGGUGAAAAGCCUUAUGCCUGCAAACACUGUGACAAAGCUUUCAGAGAUUACGGUUCUCUCAGAAAGCACCAGAGAGCAAAUCCAAAUGAGACACAUGGUCUGCCCAAAAGAAAAGGUCCUCCUUGGGAAUGUGAUUUAUGUGGGAAAAUACUUUGCCAUAAGCAAAGUCUUAUUGAUCACAAACGAGUACAUGCAGAUGAGAAGCCUUUCGUCUGUGAAGACUGUGGUAAAACUUUCAGUAAUUACAGUAAUUUCAGACAACACCAGAACACUCAUUCAGACAAAACUUGGGAAUGUGAUGUAUGUGGGAAAAUACUUCGCCAUAAGCGAAGUCUUAUGUGUCAUAAAAGACAGCACACUGGUGAAAAGCCUUAUGCUUGCAAACACUGUGGUGAAACUUUCAGUCAGCACAGAAAUUUCGCCCAACACCGGAGAACUCAUUCAAAUGAGACUCAUGGGCUGUCUACAAUGGGACAAACCAGCUGAACAGGGGACUGAAACAAAAUGUUCUCCUUGGGUAUGUGUUGUAUGUGGAAAAACGUUUACCCAAAAGGCAAGUCUCAUCAGGCAUAAGCAACUGCAGGUGAAAAGUCACAAUCCUCCACUGACCCUACACGUGAAAACGCAUCCACUGACUCUACAUGUGACGACAAAUCCAAAUCCACUGCUGCACCUCAUGAAAACACCUCCACCAUCUCUACACAUGAAAACACCUCCACCAUCUCUCCACAUGGAAACACACCCAGUGACUCUCCUCAUGAAAACCCAAAAGGUCUUGUCCAGGAAGAUUAUCACCAGGAGAACAAUGCAACAAGUGCUUCAGACUAAAAGCAGAACUAUGCCUCUUUUCCACUGCUGUUUUUCUGGUAGGCCUACAGCUCGACACAGCGCGACUUGGACACCAUUUUUUGCUUUUCAAAUAGGCAUGACACAGCUCAAUCGUGAAGCAAAUAGUGACGGCCAAGUCGCACUGUGUCAAGCUGUAGGCCUACCAGAAAACUGGUAGUGGAAAAGAGGUACUAGUUUACCACAUAAGAACCCAUACCGGAGAGAAGCCCUUAAAGUGUCCAUGUGAGCUCAGGUUCGCCAGAGUCUCUAAUCUCAAACGGCACCAAGUUAUACACAUGGAUGAAAAGCCUCACCUUUGCUCUGUUUACGGGAGGACUUUCAAUCGUGUUGAAGCACUGAGGACCCACCAGAGAGUUCACACUGGAGAGAAGCCCUACCAGUGCACCGUCUGUGAGGAGAGAUUCACCUACUUACAAACUCUGCAGACGCACCAGAAAACAGUGCACAACAUUGAAUUCCACAAGUGUCAACAAUGUGGUUAGAGUUUUAAAUCGUCUCAGGGUUUAAAAUCACAUGAGUGUACAUAUGGUGUGAAUAGCACUCUAGUAAAUGGGGAGGUGGGUGAAGCAUCUACGGCGCUUGGAGGAAUUAGAAGUGGCUCCUCGUAUGAAAAAGUUUCCCGACCCCGGUCUAAGGUUUUGAAAUUACAGCCCAGUACUUAAGGUUAAUGUGUAAAUAUGGUAAAAAUGUUUUUUUGUCUUUUUUUUAAUUUUUUUUUACGUCUUUCACUUUUGACAUCUUUUUUUCCGACACUCAAAAACAUUUCUAUUAAACGUUGUUUGGAGAUAGUCACAAAGAAACUGUGAAAGCCAAUUGUUUUAAAAUAAGACUUUCAACUGUUUACAUAUUCAUACAUGUAUGUAUUCUCAUUUAUUCAUCACUAGAAACCCAUAACGCUUUGAGGAUUAUCAUCACGUUUUGAUUAGAGCUGUAGCAAAUACUUUCAAAUCAUGAUGUUAUAUGCUCAACCGCAUUUGUUGUUCGAGUGAAAUUCUAGAACUACUGCAAAAAGUCUAUACCCUUGAAAGGGCUAAAAUUGCUGGGAGAUAUUAAAGUUGCCAGAGGUGUCCUUGACAAAAUGAAAGCGUGUUGUACUUUACAUUAAGAGAUGCUUUGUCAUACCGGAGGGUUUUCCUUCACUACUUGCAUAAUAAAAAUCCAUUUAGUUUAGUCAUA